AUUUUUCCACACUGCGGCCGCUUUUUGUCUGACACAAGUGACUAAGCGUUUUCAUUCGAAAUUAUCAUUUUUCAACAAAAAAAAAAUUUGAAACAAAUUCUUAACAAAAUGAGUGCUAUUGGAACCGGGUAUGAUUUAUCAGCUUCACAAUUUUCACCUGAUGGUCGUGUUUUUCAAAUUGAAUAUGCAUUGAAAGCAGUUGAUAAUAGCGGAACGGCCGUUGCAUUGAAAGGAAAAGAUGGUGUUGUAUUGGCAGUGGAAAAAAUUGUUACAUCAAAACUUUAUGAACCAGGAACAAAUAAAAGAAUUUUCAAAAUUGAUCAACAUAUAACGGCUGCUGUAGCAGGUUUAUUAGCCGAUGCUCGUACUAUUAUCGAUCGUGCUCGAGAUGAAGCUCGUGAUUAUCGUUCACAAUAUGGUAUUCCAAUACCGCUUGAACAUUUAAAAAAUCGUGUUGCAUUGUAUAUGCAUGCAUAUACAUUGUAUAGUGCUCUUCGGCCAUUUGGUUGUUCGGUUUUAUUUGCUGCUUAUGAUCCAUUGGAUGGACCGAAAUUAUUUUGCCUUGAUCCAUCAGGUAUUUCUUGGGGUUAUAAAGGUUGUGCUAUUGGUAAAGCAAAGCAAGCAGCCAAAACUGAAUUGGAAAAAAUUAAAUUUGCCGAAAUGAAUGUACGAAGUUUGAUUAAAGAAGCAUCACGAAUAAUUUAUAUGGUACAUGAUAAAGAAGGUAAAGAUAAACAAUUUGAAUUAGAAAUGGCAUGGAUUGGUGAAGAAACUAAAGGUUUACAUCAAUGGGUACCAAAACCAAUAUUUGAUGAUGCUGUUAGUCAUGCUGUAAAUGUGCUUAAACAACAAAGUGAUUCGGAUGAAGAAGAAUCAACAUCAUAAAAAUUUUUUUAA